AGCCCCCUCGGAAGCUGAGAGGCGGAAGUAGACGUUAGGCACGGGGCUCGCGGCGCGCCGACUCCACAUCCGGGAGCGGAGAGGAGAGCGGAAGUGGCGUUGAUCUGGCCGGAGCCCUUGGGUGAAUUUGUUAGGCGUGGAGAGGGAGUGAUGUCUUCCAGACUCGGUGCAGUGCCCGCCACCCCGGGACCCACAUCCUUUAAGCAGCAGAGGAGCACGAGGAUCGUGGGAGCUAAGAACAGGACCCAGUGCUCCAUAAAGGAUAAUAGUUUCCAGUACACUAUCCCUCAUGAUGACUCCUUAAGCGGCUCAUCAUCUGCUUCUUCCUGUGAACUGGUGAGUGAUUUUCCAGCCUCCUUCCGAAAGUCUGCCUACUGGAUGAAGAUGAGAAGGAUCAAGUCAGCUGCUACUUCCCAUGUUGAAGGGUCAGGUGGAGUAUCAGCCAAAGGAAAAAGGAAACCCAGGCAGGAAGAAGAUGAAGACUAUCGAGAAUUUCCUCAGAAGAAGCAUAAGCUUUAUGGCAGUUUAGAGGAGCAGUGGUACUUAGAAAUUGUGGAUAAAGGCAGUGUCUCCUGUCCUACCUGCCAGGCAGUGGGGAGAAAGACCAUAGAGGGCUUAAAGAAACACAUGGAAAACUGCAAACAGGAAAUGUUCACUUGUCAUCAUUGUGGGAAACAACUUCGUUCACUGGCAGGGAUGAAGUACCAUGUCAUGGCAAAUCAUAAUAGCUUGCCCAUCUUGAAGGCUGGAGAUGAAAUAGAUGAGCCAAGUGAGAGGGAACGUCUCCGAACAGUUCUCAAGAGACUGGGAAAGCUGAGGUGCAUGCGUGAGAGUUGCUCUAGUAGCUUCACCAGCAUCAUGGGAUAUCUGUAUCAUGUCAGAAAAUGUGGCAAAGGGGCUGCAGAGCUGGAGAAGAUGACCCUGAAAUGUCACCACUGUGGAAAGCCAUAUAGAUCGAAGGCUGGACUUGCGUAUCAUCUGAGGUCAGAGCAUGGGCCUAUAUCCUUCUUUCCAGAGUCAGGACAGCCAGAGUGCUUGAAGGACAUGAACUUGGAGCCAAAGAGUGGGGGCCGAGUUCAGAGGCGUUCUGCCAAGAUAGCUGUAUAUCACCUGCAGGAGCUGGCCUCUGCUGAACUGGCCAAGGAGUGGCCUAAGAGAAAGGUGCUUCAGGAUCUGGUACCUGAUGAUCGGAAGUUAAAAUAUACUCGUCCUGGGCUACCGACCUUCAGCCAGGAAGUACUACACAAAUGGAAGUCAGAUAUCAAGAAGUAUCAUCGCAUUCAGUGUCCUAACCAGGGCUGUGAGGCUGUCUACAGUAGUGUAUCUGGCCUUAAAGCUCACCUGGGCUCUUGUACAUUGGGAACCUUUGUGGCUGGAAAAUACAAGUGUCUUCUAUGUCAAAAAGAAUUUGUGUCAGAGAGUGGUGUCAAGUAUCACAUCAACUCUGUCCACGCUGAGGAUUGGUUUGUUGUAAACCCAACAACGACCAAAAGCUUUGAGAAGCUGAUGAAGAUAAAACAGCGACAGCAAGAAGAAGAAAAGCGGAGGCAGCAGCACAGGAGCCGAAGGUCUCUAAGAAGGCGGCAGCAGCCUGGCAUUGAGCUUCCUGAGACAGAGCUGAGUCUUAGAGUAGGGAAGGAUCAGAGGAGGAGUCAUGAGGAACUGCUCGUGGCAACGUCCUGUAAAGAACCAGAGCAGGAGCCAGUGCCAACACAGUUCCAGAAAGUCAAGCCCCCAAAGACGAAUCAUAAACGAGGAAAGAAAUAGGCAGUCAGUGUGAAAGCACUCCUGGGAGAGUGGAUGGGAUGCUGUGGUCACAGGGACCUGUGUGGAGAGGCCUGAGUCACGGGGGCCAAGUGAAGAGAAAUUUACUCUUUCAGCUGUUUGUGUAAGGCUGUGGCGCUCUCAGCUCCUUCCUCCUGUGUAAAUUUCAGUGUUUUCCCUAUUGAUUCACUUGGACCCUCCACCACCCACACCCCCAUCUCCUUUUUGGUAGAUUUUCCUGCUAUUCUCAUUGGAGUCCUCCUAUUUUUCUCUUAUCUUGCCCAAAGAGCUCCUCCUUAAGGCCCACUAUAAGGCCUUCUUGCCCCAUACAAGACUAAGAAACCUGUUUGAUUAUCCUUUCCAUACUGGGAUGUAGAAUGUUCUUGGAAGCUCCAUUGAUUUCGUAGUCACUCCAUCAUCUUAUAAAACGAUUCCAAACUAACUCUUUAAAACCAUACUGAUUUAUCAUUUUGUAUUUGUGAUAUAACAAGCCUAGAACCUAGAACUGUUGUCACUCCUUUAAUAAGGUUCCCCCGUCUGCUUGGGUGACAUAAUUUAUGGAGGCUCUUUGUUGUCUCAAUAUGGUUUUAGGAUUGAAAGUGAGAAAAUAGAUUUAGAAUAAAAAAGCUAGACCCUCCGGACACAGGUUUUCCUAGGAAAUGCUUUGUUUGUCCCAGGUGGCAGUAAGUAACUAGACCCACACACAUGAAAUGCAGCCUUAGGAGGAAUGUGUCCCACACAUAAGACGACUGGAAAGAAGAAAGUAGCAGCAAAAAUAAAUACCACCUCAACUUCCCUGGGUGUGAGGCCUCAUCUGUUGUUAUGACCAGUGCCCUCCUGCAGCUUGUCUUGCUCCCGAAGUUUUGAGGAUUGAAAGAGAAAUAAACCCUUUUGCUCCUGAUGUUUGACACAGAACCCUAAUAUUGCUGGUACUCCUGUGAAGAUUGGUAGCCAAGGUGCACAUUCCUUCUCCCCUGGACUUGACCUGACUUGUUAGUCUGCACUCUGUUAAGUCCUCGUGUCUCUCUUUAGCCAAAGUCUGUCUCUUUGAAUUUUCUGAGAAUAUUGUCCUCUACCUUCUUUUUUAGAUGUUGUGUUCUGUCCUUUUUAUAACCUGAGACUUUGACACCAGGUGUAGAUAUUUAUCUGGAGUUGGAAAGAAAAGUUCUUUUUCUGAACCUCAUGCCUACCUGAUAGUAUCUGUUAGCCUGUUUCUCUUUGAUGCUGGCUUUCCCUGGAGCAUUGGUUAGAGCAGCUCUGUUGUCGUAUUCCUGGAUUCUCCUCCCCUUUCCCAUAAAUAUUGGUCUUCUAUAUUCUUGCCAAUUUUUGUGGCUUACGCCACAUAAAAAGCCAGGGACCCUUAACCCUAAUAUGGACCAAUACUGCCUUUUCAAAUUCUGAAAGGCUGUUACCACUUUUAACUCUGUUCUCUGUGCUCCUCCAUAUAGCCUUAAAAUGUGGGCUUUUGUGAAGACCACUUUCAAACAUGGGAGCAUUGAAACCUGAUUGGGAUACUGCCAGAACGGGUAGUUUUGCAACAAGGGAAGGACGUGGUCUGUCCACUCGACAUUGUCAUUGGCAGUUGCUCCCUUAAAGCCCUUUCCAUACAUGAGGAUUGUCAGGGAGGAAAAUGGAGAAGCUCUGUUAAUUUCUGGUAAGACUUGGGGAAUGUUUGGCAAUGGCAAGAAAAAUAAAUGACUCUGUGUUAGAAUGAUGUUUUCCAUUGUUCAUUGACUCCAACGUGCUACCUGUCUCCUUGCUGACACAGUGUGUCUGGGGAAGAUAACGACUAGAGAUGGGAAUGAGUUUGGAAGAAGCAACACGUACAGUUGUGUCAGU